AUGUCUUCACAACCACAAACUUCCACAACAACAAUUGCAGCAAAACAAAAAGACAAUACUGUUGUUAGCCCUUCUUUAAGUACCACUUCUAAUACGAGUAGUAGGUCUCAAAACAGACACGAAAAACAAAGUGCAAAUGAUAAUGAUACUAACAACGAAAACUUAAUCCAAAAAAUAACUACUAGUGGUGACAACAAUGAAUAUAUUAUGAUUGGUAGACAAAAGUUUUUAAAGGAUGAAUUGUAUCAAGCUUUUGGUGGUACUUUGAACCCAGGGUUAGCUCCGGAAUCUACGCACAAAUUUGCGAAUCCGGUACCCUUAGGCUUGAGCGCAUUUGCAUUAACUACAUUUGUAUUAAGUAUGUAUAAUGCAAGAGCUAUGGGUAUCACUGUACCAAAUGUUGUCGUUGGUGUAGCUAUUUUUUAUGGCGGCGUUGCUGAAGUUAUCUCUGGUAUUUGGUUAAUGGCUAUUGAAAACACGUUUGGUGCCACUGCUUUGACGUCAUACGGCGCAUUUUGGAUGAGCUAUUCUGCAUUGUAUAUUCCAUGGUUUGGAGUUAUAGAUGCCUAUGAGGGACAUGAUGAGGAAUUUAGAAAUGGUGUUGGGUUUUUCCUAUUAGGUUGGGCUAUUUUCACAUAUGGAUUAACUAUAUGCACUUUGAAGUCAACAGUUGCGUUUUUUGGGUUAUUUUUCUUUUUAGCUUUAACAUUUUUAUUAUUGAGCAUUGGUAACUUUGCCAAUAGUGUUGGAUGUAUUAGGGCAGGUGGUGUCAUUGGUGUCAUAGCUUCCAUGUUUGGAUGGUACAAUGCUUAUGCGGGUGUUGCAAAUAAAGAAAAUUCUUAUUUAAUUGCCAACGCUGUCCAGUUACCAACUAAUGAAAGGUUAUUAUUUGAACGCAGUUCUUGA